GGCGUCGGAUCUGCGGGGAGCAGGCUGAACAUGGAAGGGAAUGCCGGGAUACUGGAGGAUCGUGUUGCCGCCGCGCGGGGUCCUGGGAUACUGGCGGACUCGGUGGGAGGAGGCUGUUGAUGUGGGGUCGGACCGGCCGACGGCGACGCCGGGUGUGGGAGUCUGUCUGCGACCGUGCGGGUGUCAUGUGAGUGAACCUGUACACAAUGAUUUCUACACACACAUCCGAAAACUCAGUCACACCCAGAGAAGUUAAACAGCGGAUAAAGAAGAAGCUGGCCCAUUCCCUGAAGUGCUUACAGAAGCGGUAUGUAAAUUCGGACAGUGUUGUAACCAGUGAUGACUGUGAUGCAAAUUUACUGUGCUGUGUCAUGGAAUCGAUAUUUGUGCAUGGAUUGAAAUCGAAGCACAUUAAAGCAAGUGGAGGAAACCGAGGGCGGAAAGGCAGUCGAGCUCCUCUUCCACAGCCUGUUUUUUGGACGCUGCUUAAAACGGUCACUCACCAUGAUGUUGUGGCAGAGCUGGAGCAGUUGAACUUUAUUAACACUGAUGUUGGACGGUGUCGAGCGUGGGUGAGACUUGCACUUAAUGAUGGCUUGAUGGAGUGUUACUUAGUGUCCCUGCUUCGUGAGAAGGACAGCCUGUGUGACUUCUACCAUCCGGUGGCCUUGCUUCUUGAUUCAGAAGACAGUGAAGUCCUGCUGAGCUAUCUGCAAGGUCUGUCAUCUCUUUCAUUUACUUUGUCUUAUAAGUCAGCUGUGCUAAAUGAAUGGACUACCACUCCCCUCGCAUUGGCCGGCUUAUGCUCCGGACCUGAACUGCCAGAAGCUUCAUCGCCAAACUUGUCUGAAGGAAGGAGGAAAGGUUCUUGGGAUUCAACUUCUCAGUCAUCUGGUUCUGAUAUAAUUGAAGUGACUCAUACCAGUUCCACAGCUAUGCACAGUAGUAACCAGCUGGGUAAACUAAAACUUGCAUCCUCUACGUUAAGUUUGGAAACAACUGGAUCAUCCCAGCUCUCUUCCAGCCUGAGUUCUGACAGUCUCCUUCAGUCAAAUGGAAUGAAGAGUCCUGACCAAACUACUGAGGAAUUGUGGUCGUAUGAUACAGACAAAGGCAUUGCAAGUGGUGAGAGCUCCAGCAAAUCUCUACAAGUGACACCAGAUGAACUUGGAGAGGACCAAACAACAGUUUCCUUGAAUUGCAAUGUUGCUGUUACUAUAUCACAGCCUGAGUUAUCUCCACCACCUCCAGCAGAUGAUGUUCCAUUGAAUGUUCAUUCAGCUGAAUUGGUAGUUGACCAACAUGCAUGCAAUGAGGAAACAAGUAUAAGGACUACAGAAAGUCAUUCACAAACUGAAUGCCCAUCCUCCACCCAUGUUUCAGCCUUGUACCAUCCAGUGACUUCUAAUGGAUCACAGCCUGAAGGUGACACUAAAACUGUCUCUCCUCUCAGUGAUGAGAUGCUAAACCCUAUUCAUUCUGAAAAGUUAUCUGAUAUCAACUCCGAAAGAACUUUGCAAUCUGCAGCAUGCCAGCAACAGGAAGUAAAAAUUGACCAAAGUGAUUCUGAGGCUGUGGAUCAAGUUUCUGUUGUGAGAGGAGCUGCUCUUGUGACAGGCAAAGAAGAUACAUUGAAUGUUCCCAAUAAUCACUUGAAUGAACCAGGAGAUAAUCAGAAACGAAGUAGCUGGAUAUCAGAUGAUGACAUCUGCAAACCAUCUCCUCAAGAAGUGCUCCCACAAAGCACAGGGGAAAGUUCAACUGAAUGUUCUGUCAACACAACGCCAAUGAAUGAAAAUAGCACUUCAGUUACUGAAAAUGGACCACCAGCUUCCAAGUUCUCACAGAGUAAAUGUAGUCAAGAGGAAAUGUCCUUUAAAGUGACCCAUCGCCGAAAGGCAGGUAUUUCAAACCCUUUUCGUGGACUUCUGAAGUUGGGCAAUUUAGAGAGGCGAGGCCACGUUGGUAUUUGGAAAGAGUAUUACUGUGAGUUAUCACCUUUCGAGUUCCGUCUGUACCAGAGUGAUGAUGACCGCAUUUGCUGCGAGAAUUGCUCGUUACUAAGAUGCGAAUUAGUGGGACGUGCCCACAGUGAUGGGAGAUUUCAUGUGGUUUUUGCUGGCAAGAAAUUAUACCUCCGAGCACCCUCUCGAGAUGAAGCAGAAGACUGGAUUGAUCGAAUUCGGGAAGCAUUAGAACAAUGUCGACCCCUCCAAGCUCCAAAACAAAAGUCAUUGCAUGUAGAGAGCUCAACGAAUGAGAAGCCAGAUUUUGUUUCUGAGACACGUACCCUUUACUCUGCUGAUCAAUUAAAUCACAAGAAAGAAAAUGGCUUCCAGCAAGAUUUUAAUUGGGUUUCUGAGGCAGAACCUCAAUUAGAUGCAAUUAAAGAAACUGUACUGUACUUGUUAACAGGUAAAACAUGGACUCGCUACAUCUUCUCUUUGACAUUAGAAGCACUGAAAUAUUUUCAACUCCAGGAACAGCAAAAAGUACUAUGCAAAAGCUGUAAAAUUGAGACCUUUAAGGAUGUCAUACCUGAUACUGCAUUGGGUGGUCCAGCAAACUUCAAAUUAAUUACAUCUGAAGUCACACUGAGACUUCAGGCUGAAAGUGCUGCAGAGGCAAGAUCGUGGCGUGAACUGAUUCGAGCAGUUCUGUCAUCUUUUUUAGAAGCAGAAGAAGAUACCUUGGCAGAAAGUACAGCCUUCGAGAAGAAGGAGAGAAGACUUGUGGAGUUGGGCUUGGGGGAACACAAGAGUCUUCUGCAAUACCUAACUGUUGUCCCCAUUGAAAAAGGGUUGGACUUGCAGAAAUUUCAAUGUGCAGGAUGCUCCCAAAAAAUAGGAUUUUCAUUUGGUAAACCCAAGGUUUGUGCCUAUUCUGGCCUCUACUACUGUGAAAUGUGUCAUCAGGAUACAGAGACUAUUAUCCCAUCCAGAAUGAUCCAUAACUGGGAUCUGACAAAACAAGGGGUUUCCAAUGUGGCAGCAAAAUUCCUGCAGCAGAUCCAAAAUGAACCAUUCAUUGAUCUUGAUGCGAUAAAUGGAAGUCUCUAUCAGUAUGUUGAACGCAUGGCUCAGGCUCGUAAGAGUAGAGAUCGUUUAAAGCUCUUGGAAGACUAUCUCUUCACGUGUCGGAGCGGUGCAGUUCAGGACCUCUAUAAAAGGUUAGAACAGAAGAAGUAUCUCCUGGAGUCAACCCAUCUCUACAGUGUCUCCGAUCUUCAACAGAUAGCCCGUGGAAUAUUCGAAGCAUUUCUACAGCAGGCCAUCCAUUAUGCCACCAAUCACAUCUAUAUGUGUGAUCUUUGCACUCAGCGAGGCUUCAUCUGCCAGAUCUGCAAUAAUGAUGACAUCAUCUUCCCUUUUGAAUUUGAAUCAACUACAAGGUGCAAGAAGUGCAGGACUGUCUUCCAUAAGGCUUGCAAGGCUGGUGUCCAAUCAUGUCCACGCUGUGUGCGCAAGCAAAAGUACCAGGAGUAUAAAAGGGAGUAUUAGCUGUUGGUCUGCAUUGAGGCUCAUGUGCAUGGGAGUGAGGAUGCAAGCUGUCUACCAUAUGCAGCCUUUUCCCUGAAUUCCUGCAACUUCUGGACAACGUAAACGCUGAGUCAACACAAAAUGAAAUUUUCCGCAAUUGAUCCCACAGGCAGAAACUCCUCAUCCACUUAGUUUUGAGAAACAGCAAAUAGAAAAAGAAUGCACCACUUUUCCUUUCCUUGGUGUAGAUUCAGAAUUUCAUACACACCUACCAGGAAGAUGUCUGCAGCUAGAUUGCAAACUCACCGGUGCUGUUAAACAAGUUCAUCUACGAAAUUUCCUGCUUUUUUUUAUGUAAUGCUAUAUCAUUUUUAAAUGCAUACUCCUUUACUCAAACACGUAAACUAUAGCAGUUUGUGAAAGUAUAAAAUGUUCAUUGCAUGUACAGUAGAUGUACUGUAUUCAUCAGCAGAAUUAACUGUAAAGAUUUGCUGGACCUUGCUUUAAACUGCACUUUCCAAACUAGUCCUUGUAAAUAGACAAAAUAUUUAAAUUUUCACCCAUACAGCAGACUGUCCAUUGCAUUUUAACACUCAUUCCAAAAGGGUGUAAGCACUUUCUUCUUUGUCUAAUCUUGAUAGUUUCAUGGGUUUUUUUUGAGAUUAAUAGUAAUAUAUAAUCAAUUUCUAAAGCAAUUGGAUUACUGAUGUUUAACAUAUCAUUCAGUAGCUGGAUUCUUUUUAACACCAUCUUAUAAAACUUUCUAUUUCAAUCAGUAUAACUUAAAUCUAUUCAUGAAAUUAUGCGAUUUUCCAGUGGGAAUUUAGACGAAUUUAGAAGGGAAAUUGCUAAGGUGCUAAACUUUGUUAAAAUAACUAGUAAUACCAAGAGCAUCCAAAAUGAAAGUUUGUAUAACUUGUAUUUGUGCAUUAUCCUGCUUUUGUGUACAACAUAAUGCAGAUCAUUCCUUCCCAAUUACAAACUUGCCAUUGCUCAUAAGUGUCAUUAAUUCCAAUAGUUAAGAUCUGGGCUCUGCACAUGUUCAACAAAAAAAUCUGAAAACAAACUUGCAGAGCUGCAGUAUUAAGUGCCCACGUUCAAAAGUGCAACAAGUUUUUGGAUGCCUCAAUACUUCCCUGGGUUUAUUACAGUUGAUGUUACAAACCUGCAAAGCAUUACUUGCUGCUUGUGGUCUUCCAACUGUAGCAGGGUUUAACAGCCAUAUAAUAACUUUUGUACAUUUUUUGUAUAUCAGCUUUUUUUGCAUUAUAUACCUUAUGAUUUUCAUUGGAAUCAGAUCAUGACUAAAUUUACUAAACACUGGCGCUAUAGUCAUUUCUAUUUUCUUAAGAACAGAAUGUUGUCAAAAGGUUUGAUUUUUAAAUGUGCAAAUAAAGUUUGAGAGCCUUAUUUAAAUUCAUAAGUACUUGAGUGUCUUGUCAGCAAAAGCUUUACUGAAUGUUACACUUCUUAGUUUUUGGUGAAGAGUAAAACAUGAUUGGAUUCCUGCUAUUUGGGCU